UCCCUGGGGUCUCCGGGUUAUAUCUAUAAUUGCCCCAAAGUUUACGAAUCUCGUAUGAGACGGCGUAGGGCGAUGGAAGGCCUAGAGCUACUGUAUAGUGGUGGUGGUGGUAGUAGUGUUUACUUGGACUGGUCGAUGGUGUGUGUCAAUAACAGUCAGGCUAUGUAACAACAUAAUCUAAUACAUCUCCCGUUCUUCCUGUUCGUCCCCACAUGGCCAAGAGAAACAGACAAUGCUAAUGUCAGAAUGGUGGAUCAGCUGAGAACUUCACCUUCAUGUAUACCUGAAUUGUGAUCGAGAAUGGCGUGUUAAGUAUUGUGUUCCACAUGCACAGGUUUCUGCAAUCUGACAGCAUUAAUAUGACUACCAUCUCCCCAGGAGAGUAACACCACCACGCCAUGGUGUUAUAUACCCGACGAGGGGAAACACGGUUUUAAUGUCACAUUGACAUUUUUCAAUGAUAUUGAAUAUGAAUGCCUAGAAAAUACUCGUCAUCUUAUCGAAUUUAGCAAAUAUGUUAGAACUGCGACGUGUGUCACUGUGACAUAACACGAUUCUUUUCCGACCGUUUCAAAUUAUCAACAACAAAUUACACAUGGAAUUUGAGAGUGCCUCUGACUUGUUUAUAUUCCCAAAACUCAAAUAGUGGUGGAACGAGGUCAUAUGACUUUUAAAACACGUGCAUGGGGAUUAUAAAUUUAGUAGAAUAUGUGACACGCUAACGGCCAUGAUUCGCUAACAAUACGUGCAAGGUAACCUAAACAUUACAUACGUAUUGCUCUGACAUAUCUGUGAUAUUAUUCAACGAUGAUGACAAUGCUAUGCUGACAGUCCUUUUGAGCUGAGGCAGCAUGUCGUUUCUAUCCAGCAUUGGUUCCCGGACAAGAGCUGUCCGGUCGGUGUAUCUGAAUUCCGGACGCAAGGGGCAACACAUCAGGGGAACGAAGGAGCUCCUUCUACCAGAGAAAUAUGAAGAUGAGAGAAGUCUGUGUCGGAGUUCCAGCUACAUGUCGGACGCCUCUCAGUUCGACACGGGGUCGUAUGGCACACUAUUUUCCCAGAUACAAGAAGUAUCGACGGACUCGGAGGGACCUCUGGAGUUUGUUGCACGAGUAGUCCGUGUGCUCUGGAGCUCACUUGUAGCUACGGUGAUCCUUGUGCUGCUGUUGGUGUUCAGUGUCACCAUGAUAGGAGUUGGUAGUGCCUAUAGGAGGGACUGUCCAAAGGAGCCGAAGAUCCCUAUCUAUCUAUUGGUGGGAGGCUGUUUCGGUAUUGUCAAGAUUAUCAUGAUGAUCUGGAAUAAAAACCGUAAGAAAAAUUACGAGAGAUUUGGUUUGGAACCUGAAGAUGACAUGGACGACGAUGCAGUCAUGUUACGGUCGACGAAAUUCACUGGUUUUAUUCUUAACAUGUUUCUACUCACGUGGUUUGUCAUCGGGAAUGUCUGGUUUUACCAAAUAUGGACACCAAAUUAUGAGCAGCCUCUUCACGAACCGAAAAACUGGUGUCACGAAAUGUUGUAUACGUACACCUUUUAUCAGAUACUCAUAUGCUAUUCCCUGAUUGGCUGUUACGUAUUCUUCAUUUUUGCAUGUCUGGCUUAUUAUUGGUGCUGGUGUCCUCGACGACAGCAAGACAAAUCCUGAGAUGACGACGACGACUUUCCGACGGAAAUCAAAAAAUAUUUAACGCAACAGGGUACAGAAGGGAUGGCGGGAUCCGAGUAUGCCUUCCUAAAGAAUCAAAACAAAAGGCCUAUACUAGGCUUUCAUUUGUUUGAUACCUGAAGUUGAAAUGUGAUCUUUCACCGAGUGAAUUUCUUGUAAACGAUGACGUGAUAGCGCAUAUGUAUACUUUGCGAUUAAGAGACAAAGGGGCGUAACUCUGUUAUGGUUGUGCAAAACGUUGCCUUGGUACAGAAAUAGAGUAUGAUUAUAAUAUUUGAAACACAUACAAAAUGUUUAUGUUUUAUGUAUGCAUGAUAUGUUACCAGUAUUGUUGUUAUCACUUCCAUCAUUGCAACUUACAUAUUAUUUCAAGCUUAAUAUAGGCAUAUUAGUAUACAGUAAUGUGCAUUCUUGAGCGAAAACAGUGAAAAAAUAUCUCAGAUAUUAUACCAAUCAUACGGAGUACAUGUCUGUACAUUAUGAUUGUAUCAAUUGAUCGACAGUAUUGAUUUUUAAACGAUGUAUUCAUUUCAAACAAUAAAAUAAUGUCGUAAUUUGGUGAUAUUUAAAAUAUCUCAUAUGGAUAAAUUUUAGUUUUAUAUUGUAGUUUAUGCUUCAUCGAAUCAAAAAAUUAUGAAACUGUGACUUAAACUUUGUAGAUAAAAGCGUACAAAUAUAUAGAUAUGUAACUUAAAAUUGAUCUGAAUCAAGACGGAUAUUAGUAAGCAUUAGUUCAAUUUAUAACCAAAGAGGUAUCAAUUUAUCAAGUCCAUUAUUCACAGUUUGAAAUAUUAAAUUGACCUUAUUUAGGCAUAUUUAAAACAAAGACUGUAUAUUGCCAUUCCAUUAUUGUCAUAACAGGACCAUUGGUAUUCCACUCUACCUGCUGUAGACUCUGGUUCAAGUUGUUUUCAGUCUUUCAGUUUGGCUGUCAUUAAUGAUAUGAUUCCUAAUAUUAAUUAAGAUUUAUAAUAUACUAUAAAAAAAAAAAUAGAGAAUAUAAUAUAAGUAAUUAAGAUUUUUUUGUGUGUGUUUUACUUUUCGGAAAACAUUAUACGUAUUUAAUGUGCACCGAUAUUUGUUAUCAAUUUUCUUCUCGUUUCUAUUAGUUUCUUCCGGACAUGUCCUACAUAUAAUGUUUAAGGUCACACUGUCCUUGGGAACGUCUAUAUUUCCUUCUAAGAUUAGAGUGUAGUCAUGAAAAUGAUUAAAUAGAAAAAGGUUACGAAUGACAAAUCUCAAGACAAAUCUCUUAAAAAGCCGACACGCGUGUACUUAGGAUAGUAUAAGCUGGAAUUAUUUGAAAAAUCUUAAUCACUCAUAUUAUGUGUUAUAUCAUGAAUAUAUUCAAUCAAUACGUCACAGGUAUUACAUACCCCUGCAUACUGUGGAUGUUAUAAUCGUCAUAAGAUUAUGUUCUAACAUCAUACACAAUGAUAUGUGCACACUCUUGAAAGAUGAUUUCUUCCCUGAUAUUUAAUGUAAGAUUUACAAAAUUAUUUAACUUACUUUUAUCAGUAGAAAUCGCUCUUCAAAUGCUUAAGAACAUAUUCAAACAUAUUCUUUUCUUUGAGAUAUAUUUGCUGACUUUAUUUUCUAAUAUAAAUGAUUUGAAAGCCUUAUAUAUCAUCCAGAUGUCGUAUUUGCUCCAAUAUGUGAAUGAGUGAAUAAGAUGUGGUUUGUUGAUUAUACUCAAUUGUGUACCGUGUUAUGCAAUUGUCUAUAAAUCUGUCUAUAUUGAACAGUUUAUCUCGAGUGUCAUUUUCUAUAUUUUGAUAUUGUUAUCCUUUGCCUAAUAUUAAAGUAUUUGGAGACUUUUAUUGGGUAAAUCACUGUUGUGUUUGAGGGUGACGAUUGCGAAAGCAACUCUUUACGAUUUCUGGUUCGCCGCUCUUCUUUAUACUAAUCCAAUGUUAAAUCAAAUAAAAUGGUUAAUGAAUUAAUAGUGUAUGGAUAUUGUGUUUACAUCGUUUUUGAUUUACGAAUUUUCAAAUAAAUAUUUAAGUGUGUGUUCGUAAUGUAACAUCACCAACGAAAACAUCAUUUUCAAAUGUGUUAACAUUAAUCUGACGCGUAGGAAUACAUUGAUCAUAGCCAAAGCGGUACAAACAUGCGCAAUUAGUGGUGUAUGCACAAUGACUAUUUUCGUUUCUGUUUUGACUUUUUUCCAAUAAAAUAUGAAUGAAGUAUGGUAGAAUUGAUUACAAUAGAACGAUGAAAAAAUUAAAUGUUUGAAAUAUCUUACAAGAAUCGAAAUAAAAGCCGAAUUCACAUCAAUUGUUUAGCGAUACCAAUAUCUGUCCGGAUGUUACGUCUAUUCGUAUAACGACGAAAAAAGAAUGCCGAUUUAUUUUUUUGAUAACACUGAAUAAAACACACGUUAAAAUGUAAAUAUAAGGAAUAACUCUUGUUUUUAUCGUUUACUGACGUGCGACAUUUAAAACAUCUGUAAAACAACAGUUUACACGCCGGUUAAUGAUAAAAAAACAAGAAUUAUUCCUUAAGUAUCAUUUACAAAAUAAUCUGUUUACCUUAUGUGUUUUAUGUUUGCAAGACAUUGUUGAUUAUUUAAUUUUGUAUAAUUUCUGUUGUGUUUAUUUUAUCGUGUUUUGUUUGCAUUGUGUACCACUUACUUUGUUUUUUACACUUCAUUGUAUUAACGCUUGUAAGAUCUACAAAAUGCUAAUUACAUUUGAUAGGAGUUAGACUGUUUACUUUUGUUCUGAUGGAAAUCGUAGCCUCAAUUUACCAUAUAAAUAUAUAUAUAUAUUUAGUUUGUGUAAAUUAUAUAUAUGAUUUAGUUCAAUCUCAUUAAAAUCAAAAUGGUCAUUCUCGCUACGUUACAUGAACAUCUAACAACAUCCCAUUAGGGGUCUCGUCGGGGUGACCUUUCGGAUUAGCCAAUCACACUACUUCCAGAAUCUUUGAAAUGAAUUAUAUCUGUCCGAAUUAGCAUGACUAGAGUGCAUAGCUUGCAUAAUCUAUUAAUUUGUAUAUAGCUAUGAACAUGCUGUGCCGAAAUGGUUUGCUUCAGAUUCAUGCUGUGACGAAAUGGUUUGCUUCGAUGACAUCGACAAAUCGACAAUUCGCCCUGAAAGUGAAAUACAUGUACGCACAUCUCAAAGGUCAUCAGAACGUGACCCCUGAUGGGAUGUUGUUAGCUAUAGGUGUUCAUGUAACUAGUGAGAAUGACCAUCUAGAUUUUAAUUACAUUGGAUUUAGCUAGAUCUGUAUGACAUAUUUGUGUACGUUAUAAAAAAUAAAACUUACGAAGCAAUGACAUUAUCAUAACAGCAGAAAAUAAUUUUCAGAAAGGUAUGACCCAGUGAACUUCCACUCCUGUAUUUUCCGAUGCUCUAUAUUUAGGCAUUCUAAUUUUAUAUUGGUCGAGGACAUUCCAAUUAAUUUCGCUAGUACAAAAUCACUUUAGGAAAAUUAUUUUGAUGCUGACAAUGGUUUCAAAUGCCAUUAGAAAGAGUUACUAAAGGGUACACAUCAAUAUGAAAUCGUGCAACUUAGACGGAAUAUCGCAAGGGACAAUCGCAGGUUAAAUCUAAAAGACAAAGGGGAAAAUUCAACCAGUAUAGUCAAAUGAAGCUCCCAGUGUCUUCCAAACGUUUGCGGCCAAUCAAUUAAAAGUUUAAACAGACUGUAAAAUCUGAAUAGAUUAAGGAAUCGCGAUUAAAAAUAAGCAAUUCGUAACCAGGUAGUAAAUGUGGCGGGCUACUAGCUCUAGUUUCAUUUCAAACAUAUCGUUUUAUUAUAAUAUACAUUUCAUAAAUCAUGAGCUCAUACCCUUUGCAUUGAUGUAAUUAACGUUUGUAUUUAUUAAACCGUAUCUACACAAAUAUUACCUACGAGUCUGUCCGAACGAGAGCGGUAUCUAAACUAGUACGUUUGAUUGAUAUCUGACAAUAAAUUGUUUCAAAACAUCA